GAUUUAGUUAGCGAAUCUUAUUUUUGGAUAUUCCGUAUUAUGUUAUCUCAAAACCUUUUUUUUCCCCAUGUUUUAAAUCUUUUUUCCCAACAUUACGGACGAAUUUCGAUCCAAAAUUCCAAACUAGCGGAAACUUCAUUCUUCAACUUUGAGUGUAACAAACGAUAAAAAAAAAAGUCCUCACUCUCACACACACUAUAUUCUUCUUCCCUCAGAUCCCCAAAUUCUUUAUCUGAAAACCUUUCAAUUCCAAGCUUUAUAGCCAUUGGUAAAAGAGCUCUCAACUCAAGCAUUCAAUCUUGGAUCAAAGUCUCCUUCUUGCGCUUCAUCAGCUAAGGGUAAUCCACAACAACUGUAAAUUUAGUUCAGUAAUAAAUGCCAACAUGCUUACAUCCUUUAUUUUGAUUCAUCAUUGCUUUACUUAGUUUGUUGUUGCAUGACUCAUAUAUUUUGCGGUGCCUUGCUUAAAUUGACAUUCUUUUUUAGAAGAAAAAUCGAAGAAGAGAUCAAUUUAAUGUCGUGUGUAUAUUAGUUAAUAAUGCCUCAUCAAAGGGGAUCAAAUAAAAAUUUGAUCUUUUUUACCGCAUAAUUUCUUUGCAUAUCCAUCUGCCAGUAGGAUACUAUCUUCUCGGCUCACCCAUUUGUAAUCUAAUUCUUAUUCAGCAGACCUCAUUAUUGGAUACCCUUUUCCCCAUUUUCUAUCUGAUUUAGUGCAAAGCCCCAGAUCAUUUACUCUAGUACCCUCAUUGGAUAUUACAGCCCUCCACCACACUCAUCAUUUGAAGCUUCCCGUAGAAAGGAGCAAAGCAUUUUAAUUGAUUAGUGGUUGAUUUAUAAUGGCUGGAUUGAAGCCUGGUGUAAUCGCUCUUUUUGAUGUCGAUGGCACACUCACCGCUCCACGGAAGGGGGCUACACCUGAAAUGUUAGAAUUCAUGCAGAAAUUGAGGAAGGUUGUUACUGUUGGUGUGGUCGGGGGUUCUGACCUUGUUAAGAUUUCAGAACAGCUUGGAAGUACUGUUAUUAAUGACUAUGAUUAUGUUUUCUCUGAAAACGGUCUUGUAGCCCAUAAGGCUGGAAAGCUAAUUGGAAAAGAGAGUUUGAAGACAUUUCUUGGUGAAGAGAAACUCAAGGAAUUUAUUAAUUUCACGCUACAUUAUAUUGCUGAUUUGGACAUUCCAAUAAAAAGGGGAACAUUUAUCGAGUUCCGUAGUGGAAUGCUUAACGUGUCACCAAUCGGGAGGAAUUGCAGUCAGGAAGAACGAGAUGAGUUUGAGAAGUAUGAUAAGGUACUAUUCUGUUGUUCUUACCUGGCAGAACAUGAGUUUCUGAUACACUUUUGUUUCGUAUUAUUGGAACUAAACUUGGGACAAUACAUCUAGAUUCACAACAUCCGUCCGAAGAUGGUUUCAGUGCUAAAAGAGAGGUUUGCGCAUUUUAACCUCACUUUUUCAAUCGGUGGACAAAUCAGCUUUGAUGUUUUCCCUCAAGGCUGGGAUAAGACAUACUGUUUGAGAUACCUUGAGGAGUUUACAGAGAUCCACUUCUUUGGAGACAAGACAUACAAGGUUGAUUCAUAAUAACUACUCAUUACCUUCCCUCUAAUCUUUCUUUUUGGAUUACUUGUCCAACUUCAAUUGUGCUGCUUCCCUCUUCUGCAACAAGGAAGUCAAAAACAAAAAGGAUCUUGCAGGACCAAACUAAUAGCUUCUUGUUUCUUGAACAGGGAGGAAAUGACUAUGAGAUCUAUGAAUCUGAGAGAACCGUAGGACACACAGGUCUGUUUUGCUGGUUCAACCUUUUCUCCCGCUAUCUGAAUAUUGCUUGCUUUUAGACUUCUGUUUUUCUUCAAUGCUGUAGGAGUUUUCCUUUUAGGCUGACUAGAAUGCUUAAUGUUGACAAAGUAUAUAAUGAAUCAUCCCUGCAUUCUUACACACAUUGCAUAGUACAUGUAAUGACACACAUUUUUCUUAUUUUUAAGAGUUGAGCCAAACGUUGCGGAAAAAUACAAUAGAUUCAUGGUUCAUGUUAAUGAUGAAUGUACAUACCUCUCUUACAGUCAUUUUACCAUUUGUUUAUGUUUCGAGCUAACUAAGUGUUAUCAUCAGUGACGAGUCCGACAGACACCUUGAAUCAAUGCACAACUCUGUUCCUGGCGAAGGGGAAUGCGGAUAGCUGAGCAUGUACAGAGAUCCUCCUGACUGUAUGCUGUAUUUGCUGUAUUUCCAUUCUUAUGCGUGUUGAAAGCUGUAAAAUUUUGCCAUUUUUACCCAUUAAGAUCACUAGUGAGGUCUUGUUGAUCCAUGUUGUAAGACCUCGGAAAUAACAAACUGUAUGACGAUUUUCAUCCCAAAAUGGAACCGUAAGAAUUUUGCCAUUUUUUCGGCUCGUAAAUUGCGUACUUGAAACGUCUCUUGAUUACACACUUUCAUAAAAACGAUUAAAAUGCCUUUUGGUACAAAUCGUACCACAAGAAUUUAGGAAGGCAAAAUAUUUUCUAUACCAUAGAAAAAUUAUUGGAUACAGUUGCUAAAUCUUGAUUUUUAGUGCGACAAGUACUAGCACCUCCUAUUUUGGUGAUAUA